ACGGAAGCGAUUGGAAGUCUCGGAGCGACAGUUGUUUUGGUCAGAAGUGGCCAAAAGUCAGUCAAAAUAAGUAAUGUCUACGGCUUUGGUGCGGGCGCUGUGGCCAACAUUAAUGGCGGUAAAAAUGGCCGCAAAAAUGUGGACGAAAAACAAGAAGUGAAGACAAUUACCGAACCUUUAUAUGAGAAAUAUAUGAAAUCUUUGGAUUCAAAGGAUUCUUCUAAUGGUCUAUUGAUUUUAGCCGAAGGACUGAACGCUGGGGAGGCUGUGAUCGCCACCCGUGAGGGUUGGCUCGACGUUAAGGGCGCCUCCGGUUUCAGACUGGGAUCCUAUACUGAGAUCUCUACUCGCGGUUAAAUGGUUAAUACUGUAUUGUCAUAAAAAGAUAAUGUUUUUAUAUUAUAAAUAAUUGCC